AUGUUGGAAUGGCUUCAAAAUAGGCGUGUCGCCUGUAAUGAGAGCAUGAGAAAGCAGGUUCUGUUCGCUUUAAUGCAAGAGCAUAGACCUGCUAAAAAAACAUAUGUUAUUGACGAAAUGGCGAAAGAGAAAGGCCACAUGGUUGUACGCUUGCCUCCGUACAAUUGUGAUUUGAGAGCGGUAGAACUGGCAUGGGCGAAAUUAAAACGGUUGAUUAGAGAGCGCGACAUUUCAGGGGACGUGUCGAAAGUUAACCUUUUUGCGACAGAAAGUGAAUCCCUUUUGUCUGUAACUGCCGAUGACUGGGAAGAGUACUGCAGGAAGGUCCAACAACUAGAAGAAGAAUAUUGGAGGCGUGAUGGUGUUGUUAAACUAGCAAUAGACGAUGUCAUUAUUAACACUACCGAAACGGACAGUAGCGACGAACAUGAAGCACACACAUGA